UAAAAAACAAAAUAAAUAAAUAAAAAACAUCUUUAAAUUUGUGUGUGUCAGCGGCUAAUUUACUAGAUUAUUGUGAACACAAACAACAACAACAACAUAAAAAUCAUUAUUUGCUGAAAUUAUAUCGAGAUACAUAGAAAGUUUGACUAGUAUCGUUUAGACAUUUUACAAAACAAAAAAGAAAGAAAUCAAAUUUAUAAUUUUACCUGUUGAGCUGCAGAAAAAAAAGUUAAACACAUUAAUAUGAAUUUCAACGCUAGUUUAAUGGAGAAAUUAAGAUGGAAAAUCAAAUGCAUUGAAUAUAAAUUUCUAAACUAUCGUUUAACAACGAAUGAGACUGUGGUGGCUGAAACUGAAUAUGGCAAAGUAAAAGGCAUUAAGCGUUUAACAAUUUACGAUGAUUCCUACUACAGUUUUGAGGGUAUACCAUACGCACAACCCCCAUUGGGGGAGCUGAGAUUUAAAGCACCCCAACGGCCAACCCCCUGGGAAGGUGAGCGUGAUUGUUGCAAUAAUAAAGAUAAGUCAGUGCAACGUGAUUUUAUUACGGGCAAAGUAUGCGGUUCAGAGGAUUGUUUAUACCUAAGUGUUUAUACGAAUAAUUUGACUCCUGAAACCAAACGUCCAGUUUUAGUGUUCAUACAUGGUGGUGGUUUUAUUAUCGGAGAGAAUCACCGUGAUAUGUUUGGUCCCGAUUACUUCAUUAAAAAGGAUGUAGUAGUGAUUAAUAUACAAUAUCGUUUGGGAGUUUUAGGUUUCCUUAGCUUAAACACCGAAGAUCUAAAUGUGCCCGGCAAUGCUGGCCUUAAGGAUCAAGUAAUGGCUUUGCGUUGGAUUAAAAAUAACUGCGCCAACUUUGGCGGUAAUCCCGACAAUAUCACUGUCUUUGGUGAGAGCGCUGGCGGUGCUUCCACACACUACAUGAUGUUGACCGAACAAACUCGUGGUAUUUUCCAUCGUGGUGUUCUAAUGUCGGGCAAUGCUAUAUGCCCUUGGGCUAGCACCGAGUGUCAACAUCGUGCCUAUAACAUAGCUAAGUUGGCCGGUUAUAAGGGUGAAGAUAAUGAUAAGGAUGUCUUGGAAUUCCUGCUGAAAGCCAAAUCUCAGGAUUUAAUAAAGCUGGAGGAAAAAGUCCUAACUCCAGAGGAUCAUAAAAAUAAGGUGAUGUUUGCCUUUGGCCCUACUGUGGAACCUUAUCAGUCAGCUGAGUGUGUCAUACCAAAACAUCCCAGGGAAAUGGUUAAAACUGCUUGGGGUAAUUCUAUACCCACAAUGAUGGGUAAUACUUCAUACGAGGGGCUGAUAUUUAAUUCGAUUGUCAAGCAAAUGCCAGCAAUUCUUAAAGAGAUGGAUACAUGUGUCAACUUUGUGCCUCCCGAAUUGGCUGAUGCUGAGCGUACUGCUCCGGACACAUUGGAAAUGGGUGCUAAAAUUAAAAAGGUUCAUACUACUGGAGAAACUCCUACAGCGGAUAACUUUAUGGAUCUUUGUUCACACAUCUAUUUCUGGUUCCCCAUGCAUCGCUUGCUGCAAUUACGUUUCAAUCACACAUCUGGAACUCCCGUCUAUUUAUAUCGUUUUGAUUUCGAUUCCGAAGACAUUAUCAAUCCCUAUCGUAUUAUGCGUUAUGGACGUGGCGUUAAGGGUGUCAGUCAUGCCGAUGAAUUGACCUAUUUGUUCUGGAAUCUGCUAGCCAAACGUAUGCCCAAAGAAUCACGGGAAUAUAAAACAAUUGAACGUAUGACUGGCAUAUGGGUACAAUUCGCUACAACUGGCAAUCCCCAUAGCAGCGAAAUUGAGGGCAUGGAAAAUCUGGCCUGGGAUCCGAUUAAGAAGUCCGAUGAAGUGUAUAAGUGCCUAAAUAUAAGUGAUGAACUGAAAGUUAUCGAUGUGCCUGAAAUGGAGAAGAUCAAACAAUGGGAAUCUUUGUUUGAGAAAAAUCGAGAUUUGUUUUAGAAUGUAACCAAAGAGCAGUAGAAGUGCAACGAUAUUUAAAACCAAUUUUUUUUUUUAAAUUAUGUAAUCUUUUUUUAUAUUUAUCUAUAUAUACAAGUAAAAUAAUUCCAUAUAAAAAAUAAUCAUGAAUAGUACGAGUACAUGCAAUACUGUUUACUAUUGUUUUUAUUAUAAAGUCAUUUGUGUUAAAAUAAAAGUAAUAUAUUAUUAUAAA